CUGCCUAAAGAACACUUUGUGAAGUAUUUCAAUUUCGGUUUCAGUAACUGUGUGGGGCCCCGCUGUGGCGCACAUGUCUAGCCUUUAAAGCGUAACUCGAAUACAAAAGAUACAAAACAACUAAUAAUAAAAGAUAUCACAAUUCGUAUUCGUGUUGAAACUAGUUUUUAUUGCUGCGCCGGGCGGCUGCUCCACUGCGUUUCAGUUAAUUAACUAAAGAAAUGUUGCCAAAAGUUCUACUGCUGCCGGCUCUGCUGCUCUGCCUGCUGCUGAAUGGCAAAGAGGCGGAGUCUAAGAAGUAUAUGCGAUGCGAGCUAACGCGUGUGCUGGUCGAGACCUACAGAUUUCAGAAGACUUUGAUGUCCAAUUGGAUCUGUCUGGUGGAACAUGAGAGUUUUUUGGACACAAACAAAGUGACGAGAAAUGAGAACAAUAGCAAAAACUAUGGACUCUUUCAAAUCAAUAGUAAGGAUUACUGUGCAGAGGGACGCCCUGGCGGUCUGUGCAAUAUGAAAUGUGAAGAUCUGUCCAAUGAUGAUAUUUCGGAUGACAUUGCCUGUGCGCAGAGAAUACAGCAACGCGAUGGCUUCAAGUAUUGGAAGGGCUGGAAUCGCUACUGUCGCAAUACACGCAAUUUACCUAACUUGGAUGUUACCUGUAAACUAAGCACCUUGUCGCCCAUACGUACACUCAAUUUAUUUUAGACAACUCCGUCUAUUGAGUGUGCAGUAACCAAGUGAAUUUCCAUCUAGCUUUAUAUCAGGUAUUAGCUUGUAAGUCUACUGCAAAUGAAAACUAAA